ACAACUGACAGCUGAGGUCGUAAUACAAUCCUUCAAAACAUCCUGCGUCACAUAGUGAUUGCAGAAUUCAACAAUAUUAAGCAUAUCACAUUUCUCUUCAGAGUCCUCAAAUAUAAACUGCUGGCGGACUCACACAUGACUGUCUGACAAAGAAAUAGAUGGCUUCACGGUUUCUCCAAGGAAAAAUCAAGGAUGUAGAAAGAACCAGUGAUUACACGCAUUCCGCUGUAAGGUCUUAGCUUAGAGAACUACCGCAGGGGAAAAAAACAGAUCAUUACAACCGAAGGAACAAAGAAGAGAAGACUAACCAGGACAGAGUUUUCUACAUAUUAUCAGUGGAUUCAGCGCACCAUCAGAUUUUUCAAGAUGUUACCUUCAACUCACAACAAGAAUAAAAAACGAAAACGUUUGGGUACGAACAGAAGAGUUAUUGAAGAAAUGAGUAACGAACGCUUUCUAUUGGAACAUGACCCAGCAGUUUGCCACGAUAGAUCGACGAACAGAGGCAAACCAUACCCCUCCCCUAACCCGUUCUCACCCUACACGUGAUGUUUGUUAAAAUGGUCUAUUGACGUCAUAUCAACAGUUGUGCUAAACUGCCAUGACAGAACUAGCGCUGUCCAAGGGACCAUCCUUGAACGACAGUUUCAGAGAUUUCGGAAAAACAAGACGAAGAGGCUUUUUUAAGUUCUUUAGUUGAAAGUGGUCUAGAAUACGGAGUGCAGGUACAAGAAAAGUAUUACCAAGCGAUCAACUUAACUCGAGAACAAACUCAUCGAACCACUUGCUUUAACAGCCUUGUCCACACGUAAACAAUAUUUUUCCGAAUUGUAUUGAGUUGAGAAGAUAUGGCCACCUCACAGCGAACCUGGCAACCAGAGAACCAAGAGCCAAAUCACGGAAACACCAGGGUUCUGCGCUAUUCACUAUGCAAGCUAAUCAGUGCAAUAGUAAGCCACCUGAAUCUGACCUCCGAACAACGAAUGGAAUCUCUCACAACAAGACAACCAACGGAGGAAAGUAAGCAAUUAUGGAAAACUCUGAAUUGGGAAUACCCAGGAGGAGCAGAAUACACGUGUAUUACAAGAACCCUUGAAAAGCAAAAAGAGCUACUUCAGCAUAUGUAUCGUCAGGGAGAAGACACCUCUCAGAAAGAACUUCUAGUACAGCUUUUACGAAAGAUCUGGAAAUAUAUCCAGUUGUCAAAAUUUACGAGGAUGGGGUUAUCUUCCAGUUUGCAUCAUCAAGACGAAUGGAAACUAUUUGUUUUGCCAAACAAAGGGGAUGAGAGUGAUACCUUCCAGCAACAAGUCGAGAAGUUGUUAUCCUUCUUAAAGAACGAAAUGGCUGAAUAUGACACACAGGUCUUGGACCAUUCAAGAAAUAAUGAGGAAAGCCUACUUCAAGAGUUUAACUCGUCUUACACACAUCAGGAAUUGUAAAAGAACUCCACAAGACCUAAGAAAGAACACCACAGUUUCUUUUUGAAGAAUUCAGAUGUCCUAAAAGUUUAUGAGAUAAAUCUUACUCUAGACUAACUUCUUUGCCACAAGCAGAUCACUUCACUUUCACUACCUCAAACCAUUUCGUGGGGCAGACUCUGCAAAGCCAUUUAUGUAUUCGGGUAAAAGAGAUCUUUUAAACUCGGAUGUACGUAUAUUUAUAUCAUAAUACAGGUUUAAACUAUCUCUUCUUUACUGAACUGUUGGUAUUUGUCAUACAGACACAAUUCAAAAUCUCGAGGUAAUUUUAGGUAUUAUGUUAGAAUUCAUUUCCUCAGAAAUUUAUAGUCUAUAGCCAUCUCGGGUGGGAAAACUUGAUUAUCUCAGUAUCCCACAACCCCCCUCCGCCUCUUACCCUUGACUCUUCCCCCCUGGCCAGGCUUACAAAGGCACGACUUUAAUUUCAGCAUUUUACUCUUGGGUGACCCUCAAAUUGGGGAAAAAUUUCCCAGUAUCAUUUGUCACAUAUCAUCGGUCGAAAGGAAGAAUUCACAAAACUAGAAAUCUAUUCAGUUGACAGAAAACAUGCCUUUGACUUGCUGGCUGUCACAGAAUAUAUUAUUCGCAUUUUCAUAUUCUAAAAGUCUGCUGUACUUAUAUAUAGAUACAUAAAUUAUUCUUCAGUUUUUAAACGUUAUGCAAGGAAGUGUAAAUAUUCGGAGUAUAAAUGAUAUUUUUUUCUGUAAGCUACUGCCUAGUUUCAUACCAACAUUUGUGUCUCGUUUGAUAUACCUGAGUCGAGAAGCAAUUUGUCUUUAAAGGUUGCUUGUUUCAAAUAUAAUCAAGUUGUUAGCUAUCGUAGCCGUUUUGGUAGUAAGUGAUUCAGAGCUUCCAUACUCGGUUAAAAUUUCUAGGAGCCGUCAUAUAUAGAUUUUAAGCUACAUUUAAAAAUACCAUAAGUCCAUUUUAAAAGGCUGAGAACCAAUAACACCUUUUCUAUGAAAAGAUAGCUAGUUGUGACGCUUUGAAAAACCUUAAACAUAUUUUGCC